GGCCGAGUCUCGAGCGCAAACGCGGGUUGCAGCGCUUGUUCCGCGCUCUGCAGCUCAGCUGGCACUCGCUGUGCACACAUAUUCGCACGACAAAAGUAAUUACAGAAAUUGGCGCGCGCCCCGCAAGUCUAGAGCCUGCAGCAGAAUAAAACAAAAAAGAGCAUGCCGCAGGACGCGCAGGACGCCGCGCUGCGCCACCUCUUAAUCAGGGCCGCCUCAAACAAAGCAAGCGGUCCGGAGCGCCUGGAAGCACUGAAAGCCGCCGCGGCGUACCUCGCGCGAGAAGAACGUAUCAAAUUUGACGUCGACGGCGCCCAAUGCACGUACGACGCGCCGCGGAGAUAUCUGGAAGUGCCGGAGGACGGCCACGUGGCCCUCACGGAUGGGAGGGGCGGCGCCGCGCGCUGGCCCUUUGCGGAUGAAUUAUACGUUGGACUGUGGUGCCGGCCCGCUCGUAUAAGACAAGCGAUUUUAUUAAGAUUGGAAGGCGUCUAUGGCGGUGGUCUAACGAUCGCCAUCAUGAACGACGGGUGCCUACGGGCGGACAUUUCCGAAGGCGGCGAGAAGAGGAACGUGUUGACGCUCAAAGGGGGGAUGUUAACUCCAGACACGUGGAGCCACGUCGCGUUCCGCAUCGCCGACGACGCCAAAGAAAUGAAACGACGCAAUCCCGUCGAGGUUCCGAAAAGAAGGCCAUCCCUGCUGGAACGAAGGCCGUCGCAGAAGUCGGGGCGCUUGGGUGUCUUGGCCGGCGGCGCUUCCCUCGAAGUGAAUGGUGUUGUGGAAGACCGGGACAACGUCGCGCGGGCGCCUUCAUUAAGUUCUCCGGAACUAAGGCACGCGGACGUUGCCGGAGACGGCUACGAGGGUUCGAUAGCUGGUUUGGUGAUGCUCCAGCGCGCGCCGGGGCGGUCUUCGUCAUGUGCUCUCGCGUGGCGCUUCACGGGAGAUAAUUCGUACGACGGCGCGUCGACGCUGGCGCAGGACGCGGCUUCGGGCGUCGCGCGACGGACCGCGCAACACCUGAGUCCCGAGCCGCACACAAAAAAAGGCUUCCUGUCGCCCAUGAAGCGGCCGUCGCUCGACGACGACGCCCUCGAAGCCUCGAUUUUCGACGCCGAAGGGUCUUCUGGAGACGCGCGCGCGUCGCUCUGCAGCCUCGGCGGUGCCAUCGAAAAUUGUUCGUCGGAGGCGGCGUACGCCGUCCGGACAAAAUCUCGUAAAAUAGCGAACGCGGCGGCCGCGGCGGCGCUUAGAAGGGGCAACGACCCCGUCGGCGCCCUAGUCUGCUGUCUCGACGGCGACCGCGGCUCGACGGCCUCGCUCAAAUGUGCACCGCGGAAGUGCGCGGUUCAUGCGUCGUCGAGGCCGCGCGACGCGCUGCGUUCCUUGGGAGGCGCCUCUUCACUGAUACCCGCGCUCGCGCAAUUAGCUGAUACUGCCGUGAUAACCGAGGAGCAGGACUCCACUGAGUCACUGAGGACGCGUUUGUUACUAGUGGACGGUAUCAUCAGAUGUGGUACUGGAGACGACUUUUUGAGAUGUGGUGGUGUUGAAAUACUAGAGCGGUGCUUAGACGCGCGCGCGUCGAGGGACGAAGACGUCGGGGAGUGCUUGGUGAAGGUGCUGGACGGCCUCCUCGCUUCUACGGAGGGGAGUUCCAGUAAAGGCGACGCGUUGCUGGAUCGGUUCGUGGACCGAAUCGCGUGCCAGGCGCAGCUCUGGAGUCCUGAAACGACCUCUUCUGUUGUACGGUGGUGCCGUUCCUCAGUGAGAGCUUUGCAAUCCGUGAGGGACGGCGUCGGCCUCGACGCCUACGCGCAGCGUUUGGCUCACGCGCUCUCAUCAAGACACGCCGCUUCUUCAUAUACAUAUCGGAGCCCGCACCUCUCUUUAUCGGUACCGCCGUCCACCGAAUAUGAAGCUAUAGACGCCAGGGACGCUUCCGUGUUGGAAGCGGUCACCGCCUUAGCCGCCCUCCCAAUGAACGCGCGCGCUUCGAUCGACGGCGAAUUACAUUUAGAUACAACAGAAACGGGCCGCGCCGUCCUCCAGGCUUCAUUAGCGAUGACCGAUGACCAAUGCGCGACGGCAGCACUGAAAGGCUUGCAGGCCUUCGAGCCCGAAGCUUUACGAUCAUUAUGCGAGCGCGGCACCGUGGCCCAACUUGUGGAGAGGGGCUUCUCCUCGCAAAACGACCCGCUGGCCGUCGAGUGUCUUUUGUUAAGUGUGCUGUUCGUGGGGCCCGACGGUACGGCUUCCAGUGUAGAGGCCUUCUGGCGCCGCCACGAGACGAACGUAGGGCCGCUUGCUUUAAGAGCUCUACUCAAGCUCUCCGGGAGUGCUGUUCUACGAGCUUGUAGUGUAGCCUACGCUCGGUUAGGUGCUUGUGAGAGAUUAGACGUCCUGAGCUACUGCGCUUCGCUCGAGAAAACGGACGCGGACGCCGCGGACGCCGCCUGUAGUGCAAUUUUGAUAGGCGACGACGCCGAGCCCGACCCGACGCCGUCGGCGGACUGCACCCUUUUAUCAUUAUGCGCGAAGCGGCCGCCGUCGCAGCGCGACCGGGCCUGUUCAGUAUUGUGUCGGUACGGCACCGCCGAAGCGAUUAAAAGUGUCGCGGCCUACUCGUUGCACAGGAACGAUCCCCGUUUAGUAUCGCGCAUCAUACAUACAGCCCACGAGCACGGCUUGCAUAGCUUUAUUGGAGCGGCGCCGUACGUAGCGAGCGUCGCGCAGCGCGGAUUAGUGGAUGUAUCAAUAAAUGAUUCGCCAAAAACCGCCACGCAGCUGCGAAGGUCGCUCGACGACCUCGCUGCGAAACUGGAGACGCGGCCGAAGCGCUACGAGCGGAGCGGUGGGUCAGAACCGUUGCCGCCCGUCGGUCUGAAGGCCCAUCCCGCACUCGCGGUAUAUACGUCUUUACAAGUGGCCGAGUGUUUGGAUGUCUUGUUGGAAGGUUCUGGUGAUGUCCUGACUGAUAAUGUAGAGGACGCCGCGUCCCGAGCUUUAGAAAGGGUCGCGGCCCUGGAUGCGGCAUUAGCUUUAGAUGGGUGUUUGCUCUCGCGCCUCGCGACGAAAGAUCUGGUGAGAGUGGCGGACCGCUGCAAGCGCAAUCUAGAACGACACAGGCAGGCCUGUUCGGACGCGGACGUGAAGGUCGCCGAGCGAGUCGCGCAGAGAAGGGGCGGCGCCUUCCCGCCGUCCGACGACGCGGGCCGCGCUUCUUUAUUAGUAUUGAGGGACGCGCACCAUGCCCUGCGCCUGCUGAAGGAGGAAUCCAAGGAUGAGCAAAGGGACAAAGCCCUGGUGCAGAUCCACUCACUACUAGUGAAGGCGUGUACCCAACUUACGGGAAGGAAGCGGCCCGUUUUACCUAGGCAUGCCCAAUCAGCAGUGCAAGCGAUGACGACGGGCAAUAGGGUGCGGGCGUCGUCCUUCGGUGAUGAUUGGGACCAGGUCGUCUCCUCGGAAGUCGACGACCUGGAGCGGGCGGCCUGGUUGGCCGCGCCGCUCGAGGUUUAUGUGGCCGGCCCCGAGAACGAGGGGCGGACCGCUGCAUUUAGUUCAGCUGCGGACCGGCGCUACAACGAUUCCCUCAAAGUGCUGGCGGAGCUCGGGACGCCUUCUCGAUCAGAAGAUGUUGUUCAUAGUCCACAGAGACGCGCGUCUGAUGCUGGAAGACAGUUAAGAAGGCGAGACCGGAAGCGCGCGAGACGGUCCUCGGUCAUUGUGGAACGAGCCUGGCGGGCGUGCAUGCAGCAGCAUCGCGAGAGUGGCAUCUGGUGCCUCGCGGAGGAGAAUAGUUCACCACUAAUGAAAGGCUCGCGGUGGAUCCUAGCGAGGCACGCGGAUUCGUAUGGGAGACGCUGCUUCUUUGUGAGGGACCGGGACCCCGUCGACGUCAGCAAGUGGGCGCACCAAGGUGGUAGUACUACGGUCGAACCGCCCGCGCCACCCCUCAUCAAAGGGCGAAGUCGAGUCGCGCGGGAGGAAAGUUCGAGUUCCUCGGAUGAAGAUGCUGUUUUAAUUGAACGGGGCGUGCCCACGCAACAGCCUUCGACGAGGCAGUGGCGGUUUGUGGAGGACGGUGGCGUCGUCUCGGUCGACGACGAACUUUUUAGGGACGAGCACUGCCUCUGGGUUCGCGAGGGCGCGUCAAUCAAAGGUACUCUGACCGUCGACGGCCGCUGUAUCAAGUUUACAUCCACAAAUGAUGUGAAGAUCUGGCGCUUAUGUACCUUAGAACGAGUGGCACCGCGACGAUACUUGCUGAGAAGAGUAGCCUUUGAGUUCUUUCGAUGUGAUUCUACCUCGGUAUUCUUGGCCUUACCGCGAGGAAAAGCUCAUAGACAAUUAGCAAAGCUCUUGAAAGCUUUGCUAAAAAGAAGGAAGCUACCCUUGUUGAAUCGAGGCUAUGCGAACGGCCACGCGGGUCGACGAAUCGAGGGAGAUGAUAAUGGUGGGUUAGGCCACCGGGACCCGGAAAAAGCAUUAAGGCUAUCGCGCUUGACGGAUCUGUGGCGUAGAAGACUAUUAACGAACUUCGCUUAUCUAAGUGCGUUGAAUGAGCUAGGUGGGAGAACGAGACAAGACCUGGCUCAGUGGCCGGUCUUCCCCUGGGUCUUAGCUUUCGAUUCCGAUGCCAUUGACCUCGGCACUGGCCGUGAUUUAGCCAAGCCCAUAGGCGCCCAGACGGAAGAAAGACGCAGUCAAUUCUUAGAGCGCUACGAGACCUUCGAGGAUCCUUCCGGGUAUGUGCCGAAGUUCAUGUACGGUUCGCAUUAUUCCUCGGCUGGUGUUGUCUUGCAUUACUUGGUCCGAGCAUUACCUUAUAGUCAGUUAGCUGUGGAUCUCCAAGGCGGUCGCUUCGACGUGCCGGAUCGAUUGUUUCUUGGUAUCGAGGCGGCCUGGCGUAGUACGACAAAUAGUAUGACCGACGUCAAGGAGGUUAUACCGGAGCUAUACUACGCGCCAGAGGUACUCUGUAACAUGAACUCCCUGCCCCUCGGUACAAGUCAGAAUGGUGUUCGAGUGGAUGAUGUCCUACUCCCAGCUUGGUGUUUGAAUGACCCUCUCCAGUUCAUCAGGGUACACAGAGCGGCUCUGGAAUCGGACCGAGUCUCGGACACGCUACACUUGUGGAUCGACCUGAUUUUUGGCGACGCGCAGCAGGGCCCGAAAGCUGUUGAAAGGGCCAACGUUUUCUACCAUCUGACCUACGAGGGUGCGGUCAAUGUAGAGGAUAUAGAAGAUGACGAGGAGCGCGAAGCGACGGACGCGCAAAUAGCACAUUUCGGCCAGACCCCACCGAGGUUGUUCGGGAGUCCGCACCCGCGUCGGAAGCCUGCGUCCGAAUGUGCUUCACCCUUAUUCCUGGACGUGCCGUUGCAUGGCGAGUGCCCCGCCGUGUCGUGCCGCGCGUACGUGCUCGACGACGUGCAAAACGCGCAAAAGCUCUUCGGCCCCGACGCGCCGCUCGGCGAGAAGGCUACGCAAAAGAACACGUUCGUGAAGGACGUCGCGCGCUUCACGAAACAAUUAUUUACUCAAAAAAAGAAGGUCUCUCGUGAUAUAUCUCCGGCGUUGUGCGUGGCUCUUUGUAGUGGAGGUACCGAAGAACAGCAGUCGGUCGUCUGCGCCUUCCACGCCGAUCGCGGUGUAUCAGUCUGGAGGUGGUCCGAGGUGCCCGAUGGAAGAGGGGCUCCGUUCUCGGCGCGGCCCCAUGGUUCUGGGCGGUUGGACGUCUGUGCACGGGGUGACGGCGACGGGAAUACGGUAACAGCAUUGGCUGAUCGACGCGUGCUUACUGUCGGACAUAGUGAUGGUCGACUUAGAUUACAUGACGGACGAGGGAGAAUCAGAGCGUCGAUCCGAGGCCCGCACGCCGGUGGCUCGGCGGUCGCGUGUUGUGGCCAUGGUCAUAUCGCCGUAUCCGGAGGUAGUGAUGGCGUGGUAGCGGUCUGGGUUUGUGACGACGCGGCGCUCGUCGAUGGAUUGGUACAUGGCGACGGUGUCGACGAUGAAGGUUUUGAGGGCGAUCCUGUAUUAGCUCCUAGUCGUAGCGUCAUACGCGAGGACGAUAGCGAUGAUGUGCUGGUGUGCUCCCACUUGUUACUGGGCCAUGCCUCGGCCAUCACGGCGUUGGCGUACUCGCCCGUGCUGGACUGCUGCGUCAGCGCGGAUGUGGACGGUUAUCUCCUCGUACACGCGUGUAGAUCUGGAAGAUGUCUGCGGUCCUUACGAGUCGUCGAUCGGCGCGAGUCGCCGGCCGUCACGAAGCUCGCUAUUUUGGAUGUCGACGCUUCCGUCGUCGUCGCGGCGUCCACGACGCUAGCCUUGUGGUCGCUGAACGGCGGGCGUCGUUGUGUAGUGACGACGCCGUCUCCAAUCACAAGUUUGGCAACAACGCGCGCGGGCUCGGCCGUCGUCUGUGGCUCGUUGGACGGCCAGCUCACGGUGCGGCGCGCCGUCGACCUCGCGGCGGUGCACACCAUCGACUUAUCGACGCACGGCGCGCCCCUAUCACUAGCCUUCGGCCCCGACGACCGGCACCUCUUCGCGGCGACGGCCGGCGGCCGCGUCGUCGUCUGCUCGGACCCGCGGUCUAGAUUGCUGCAGCUGGACGCGGCCCUGUCGAACGCGGUGGGGCUGGAUACGGGACUGUUCGCGUUUUGAUGUUUGUGUAAGUUCUUAUGUUCAGA